AUGUAUAAACGUCUUCAUUUUGUAUUAUUAUGUAUAUUUCUCUUGUUUACUGCAAAUUCGGCUGAAAACCCGGCAAAAUCUAAGAAAACGGAGGAUGAAACAACAUUGUUGGAAGAAGAGACAAUAAUAAUAUUAACAGAGGAGUUGGAGCCCAAAAAGGAUGAAGGUAAAUUUUGUAUUUUUAUUAUUUUGUGUUUAGAUUUGAAUUCACAAUCUUUCUUUGGUAUUGUUGUUAUAGUGGGAAAAGGUUAAUGUCUUGUUUUCAGAGAGAAUCUCGGGAGACUUUCUAACUGAUGAGGAUAUUGAUUUGAUGGAACAUACUGGUUCAAGUCCAGCGCUGAUUACACAGGAAGUGGAAGAGAAAGAUGCUUUGUCAGACAUUUUCGUUGAGUUUAUGCCUGAAAAGAAGCCACCUGGGUAUGUUAACAUUACUUUUUGCUCCUGUAAUUUUAGUUUGGAACCUUAUCCUCGAAUAUUAACUGAUCUGGUUUUAGAGAGAUCAAUUCACAAGCUAAGCAAUUGUACGAGGAUGCGCUCCAAGUUUUGGGUAGGAAACGAUGGGCUCAAGUUGACGUAGCAGAUCUGAAGAAUGCCUACAAGGAAAUGGAAAAGGCUGCUGAUAUGGGUCAUCCGGAUGCCCAGAAGAUACUUGGUAAGGUUUAUAUUGUUGUUGUUUACUUUUAGGUGGCAGAAGAGACGUUGUUUGAUAUUUUUGGUCUAUAAAUGGCUCUUUUAAAAAAUACCAAGUGUAACAAACUUAAUCAAAAUCUCAAAAAUAGCUUAUAUUUUAGCAAAUCAGCUCUAGUUUAUGUUUGAUUAUGUAUUUUUUAGGUUUCUCAUACCUGUUUGGAAACCAUCGAUGGAGUAUUGACGAAGCCAGGAACAUUUUUGAAAAGUUGGCCAAAAACGGAAGUCCAGAUGCUCAUUUAGGCCUUGGGUUCAUUUAUUCGACAGGUCUUGGUAUGGAUGAGCCUGAUCCAGCUAAAGGGCUUUUGCAUUAUACUAUUUCCGCAUUGGGAGGGAAUCCGUUGGCUCAAAUGGCUGUGGUAUGUUGUUAUUGGUCUAAAUGAGCUCGAACUGGCCUUUAUGAACAAGUUUUUGAUAUUUAAAAAAAUGUUUUUCAAAAAUUUUGUUUUGAUUGUUAAGUGAAGAUAAGGCUCACAUCACCAAUUUCAGGGCUAUCGUUAUCACGCAGGAGUUAAUGUGAAGGCGGAUUGUGACGUAGCUUUGAACUGGUAUAAGCGAGUUGCUCAGAAGGUGGCGGACAAAGUAAAGCUGACUGGAUCACCUUCAAUUCAACGCAUCCGAAUUCCAGAUGAAGUUGAAAGCACAGCCAAUUCGGGAAGCAUGGUCGACAACAACUUGUUCCUGUACUAUACCUACUUAGCCGAGACUGGAGAUGUUCCAGCUACUGUAAGGUGUUUUAAUGAGUGUUUUAGUACAAAUUACUUGAGUAUGGAAAUUUAAUGAGUUUUUUUAAUAUAAUUUAAGAGAUUAGUGAUACGAAUUUUAAAAAUUGCUUCAAAUAAUACAAAAGGUCUUGUUUUAGAUAGCCCUGGCCACACUAUACUUGACAGGCGGCAAAGGCGUCCCAAUGGACCUAGAGGAAGCUGCCAGGCACUUUAAGGUUGCAGCUCAAGCUGGUAACACACAAGCCUACGCUUAUCUUGGACGAAUGUACCUGGAAGGCACCCCAUCUACUCCACAGUCAAAUUCCACAGCUUUUGAUUACUUUAAGAAGGCAUCGGACAAAGGAAAUGCGAUCGCACAGUCCGGGCUGGGCUUAAUGUUCUUGGUCGGCUAUGGUGUGGAUCAGGACUCGAAUUUGGCUUUUAAGCUGUUUAAGUAGGUUUAUUUUUGACAGGAUUUGGAUUUUAGGUAAUAAAAUGUGUUAAAGGACGAUUUUGGUCCAGCAAUGCGUAAUAUCUAGCCAAUGUUUAAAUAAUUUCAAUUUUCAGAAUGGCCGCAGAUCAAGGCUCAUCAGACGGCCAACUCCAUCUAGGCCAAAUGUUCUUUUACGGUAUUGGCGUCGAGAAGAACUACAAACAAGCGAUUCAAUAUUUCCAACUGGCAGCUCAAUCUGGCCAUAUUCUGGCUCUGUAUAACCUGGCCAACAUCCACGCCACGGGAACCGGCGUCCAACGAAGCUGCAAUUUGGCUACAGAACUCAUGAAGAACGUCGCGGAACGUGGACGAUGGGCGGAACGGUUCGUGGAUGCGUUCAGCAAGUUUAUGUUGGGCCAUAACGAGGAGUCGGCUAUUAGGUUAGGGUUGUAUUUGGAUUUAUGGGUGUGAUUUUUUAGAUUUUUUUUGGGAUUUUAAAAUUUAAAAAAUUUGAAAUUUUAUUUAGUUUUUUUUAAUUUUAAAAUUUUAAGUUACUAGCCAUUUUUAGACGAUAAAAUUAUAAAAAACCUUGUUUUAGAUACCUAUUCCUGGCCGAACUCGGCUACGAAGUUGCCCAAACCAACUUCGCCUUCCUCAUGGACAAAUCUGAAGGUCGUCAGCAACUUUUCAAACCAGACCAAACCUACAAACGCGCUUACCAAUACUGGUUGAGAUCGGCCAAUCAAGAGUACGCGUAUGCCAGAGUAAAACUUGGAGAUUACCUAUUCUAUGGCCUCGGAACUCAAAUAGACUUGGCCGCAGCAGCGAAUCAGUACAAGGCGGCCGCUACGUCACAUCAAAAUGCACAAGCACUGUUCAACUUGGCAUACAUGCAUGAGAAUGGGUUGGGUGUUAGUCGGGUAAGGUUUUUUAUAUUUUUUAAAAAAAAAUUAAAAUCAAAAAAAAUUUUUUUUUGGAAAUUUGAAAAAACUUUUGAAAUUUUAAAUUGAAUUUUUUAAAUUUUUUUGAAAUUAUCUAAAUUUACAUAUCAACAGAUUUUUCAUAGUAAGGCUAAGAAAGAUGUAUAUAUUUUUUAUUAAACGUAUUUUACCUUCAGGACCUUCAUUUGGCCAAGAGAUUCUACGAUUUGGCCGCGGAAACCUCGACAGACGCCAUUGUUCCAGUAACUUUGGCUUUGAUCAAGCUGCGGUUCAUGUUUAUUGCUGACUUCUUCACAGCUGUGAGUUUGCUUUAUCACUUCGGCUAUUAGAUUUAAUCUUUAAUUUUUGGUUAGUGUUGCUGAUGAUAUUGAUGUGAUUCAAUAAGAAAUGGCAUUUUUUAAAGGAUUUUUUGCUAAAAUAAAUUGAAAAAGUUUAUAAAUUUUUUAAAUUUUUGUCGAUUUUCAGGGCUUUUUAUUCGAUUCAAAUGGCGAUUCGGUGUUUGAAAAGUUCCUAGGUCCACAAUGGGACCUAUACCUAAUGACACUCUUCUUUGGACUAGCCAUCUGGCUACUCAUAGUCUAUUGGCACUACAGAAGGCAGCUCGACAACCAAUCACCGUCAGAUCCAACCCCCAGUCAACAGAACCUUCGGCCGAACAAUGGUCAAGGAGGGCCGAAUCAUGGACAAGGAGGGUUGAAUCAAGGUCAAACAGGUAGCCAAAACUUGUCUACCUACCAGGCUGGCCCAUCUAGUCAGUCGACCUUGUCUACUCAAAAAACGACAACCUCAACUUCACCAGGCCCGGCUGCCACUUCAUCAACAGCUCCAUUGAACCCAGGAGCGACAAGCCUGGACAGUGGAGCCAGUGCAAGUGUGAACCUAGAUCAAUCCUCAAAUGACCCAAAUCGAAUUCAGGAUCAGCCAUUAGACUAG